AUCUCCUUCACUACGUAAAACUAGCUCCGAUCGUGUUGAAGCUAGAGGUUCCUACUCAAAGCUCCCUCGAUUAACAACAACCUGUUCAGUCGCGCUCCUUGCUCUCACCCUCUUACACCCCCACCCCCCAGUUGGCCGCUUCUCCCCGUCCUCAACCGUUCAUCGACGAGAAGCCCAUCGCGUAGGCGCACCGCGUCAUCGCGCCCUUCAAAGACAUACGAGCUGGGAGGCGCAUCGAAGGACCUCAGCCCAGUGGAACCUCGUUCCCGCACCAGCACAACGCCAAGAACGGAUUAACAGGUCGCAACGACUGACAGUCGUAGAAGCACACGCCGCAGUCCUCCGCUGGGGUGUUCUACGUUUUCUUCACGCGCUUCUCAUAUCAUGCAAGAUGAUCCUAGCCUCCCCGUCCUUUCAACAUCAGGUCUUCAUUGGCUUGGGGUCGGAAUCUCAGGCAUUGUAUAUCCUCUUGACGAGCGCACCGUCGUAAAAAUCGCUCCCACAUACGACAACCAGUACGCUACCUCCUCAUGCCUUCGAGACCUCCUUACCGAGAGAUCCGUAUACCAGCGUUUAGGGUGUCAUCCACGAAUAUGCCAAUACUUUUCCUCAGUUCAACGAGGGAUUCUUCUAGAGAGAUUCGGAGAGCCAGUCCGCAAACACCUACGGAAACUCUAUAAGCAAGGGAAGACUCCAUCACAUAAGCAGGCCCUAAAGUGGUCCUGCCAAGUCGCUGAGGGAAUAGCGUACCUCCACCAAAAAGGGGUUAUACAAGGAGAUAUUGGCUGCCACAACGCUCUUUUGAAGGGUAAUGAGAUCAAAAUAUGCGAUUUUGGCGGCUCCUCAAUUGAUGGGGAGCCUGCCAGAGCUGGUUACGAAUGCCGAUCGCAGCGAUGGGACGACGAUGAGAAUCCUUCCAUUGCAAGCGAACUGUUUGCACUAGGAUCAACUAUCUAUGAAAUCUGGACAACUACGCGGCCUUACGAAGAUGAACCCGACGACACAGUUGAGGACAAUUACAAACACCAGUGCUUUCCAGACGUUGAGGCUCUUCCCGUCGCCAAAAUCAUCAAAAAAUGCUGGCAUGGCUCUUAUACCUCUGCAGAUGAAGUUGUUGCCGACCUCAUACUACUUCAGACCAAACCAACGAACGCGCGCGCGUAUUCCGAUGCCGACAAUCGACCAUUCCUAGACAGUUAAUUGUCGUACGACUAGGUACAUUAGCCGGCCUUUUGGACGAUGUAUCUAGACAACCUUACCACUACCACUUCUGGCCUCUCGCCGUUGCAAACUGGACAUGCCUCCUUUCGUUUUGUAGAACCAAGUACCACAGUUGGAUCAGGAGUAGCAUCUUGGCAAUGACGAUACGUUCCUAAGGGGUUUGGAUUGGAACAGAGGGUAUAGGCUCGGUUGGUUACUCUGUGUUUGCUUGUACAACCGGAAAAAACAAAGACUGUAUCGAUGUAAUGGCACAUCUUUCCUUCUGAAAUGAUUCAGGGCUUGUGGUGUUGGAAAGAACGCUUGAUACUAACGGAGUUAUCUCACUCUUAAAGCACGAGAGCUGCGACGGUGUGCGGGUGGGUGGCGCGACUUCGUCGUUGUGGCAUGAGCUGGACGCAAACGGUUGCAUGCGGCAUGGUAAUAUUGGCGCUAGCGUAGAGGGUGGCCCACUCUGGCCAUUGAUUGGGUUU